CGUUACGUUCUGCGUUAUAAUGCAUCGCGUUCGAUCCGUUCAAGCAGCCACUCGAGCCGAUCGCAGCCCGGCUCUGAGAGGUGAGAUCACCGCAAACGCUGAUGUAAUCGGUUCGUAUUUUGGCCCUCUUGUCAUCCGGCCAAUCGCAAUGUUUCUGGAAUCAAUGCAACAAGCAUCCCGAUUCAAAAUGCCUCAACUGGACGCAGAGACCCCGAAUUUUUAUCACCCUCGUACUCUUUGGCCCAAUUUUUUAGGGUCAAGACCGGGUGAUUUGUGCUCCGAUCUAUUGUGACGCUUGGAUUGAUUGACAUAGUACCUUCAAGGAGGAUCAAUUAGAUAGUCCGAGGAUUAUUUUCUUUCAUUCUCUGAGAAAUCAAUUCAUUCGCUCUUCUUUUCACCCGUAGGUCAAUACCUUGUAUAAUUGACUUGCGCCUAAAGCUUAUCGCCGCACUUAAAUUCGACAAUGAUCUGUGGUGAAUGGAAUCUACUGCUUUGGCAUAGAAGAUUGAAGGAAUAAAGGAGCCAAAGGAAAGGAGAGAAAAAUAAUGGGUAAGAAUCUCAGACGCUGGGAGAAGCUCGGCGGGAUCUGAUAUUGAUUGAUUGAGACAAGGUCGAAGCCAUAAGUCAUCAGGGCGCAGGCUGGAAAGUUUUGAUCAGCCUCUAAUACCUACUCCUGUCGUAGUAAAACCUUACCUGCGUCUGCGUAAGCAACCUAUGAUUUCCUUCGUCCAUUCUCAUUCUAUUGAGUAUGAAUUUCGUCCCACGCACGUGGAGAAAGCCAGAAAAAAUUUAUUACGAUCUAUGCCCUAUGAUCUCUGAUACGAUAUAUAUCGAAUAAUUUUCCAAUUACUGCCAGUGACGAAGAGAAAUUAAGACUGACUCGAGUGAAUUUCGGAACUUUGACCGAUGUCGAGAGCUCCAUCUCCUUGGGUCAAUGUAACAAUUCAGAAUCAGGGGCUGGGCUCAAUCUCAGACGUAAAUCUGGCUUAGCCGAAAUCUGUGUUUGAACCAAGAUUUCGUCGUUACCAGGCCGAUAUACGGCGGGGCGAUAAUAAGGUUCACAAGAAUUAACCAGGAGUAAUAAGCGCACCGAGCAGCGACAUUGCAAACAGCUAAAUGACUUCCUCUGGUAACCACAUCCUCGAAUAAAUAAUGGAAGUGGAAAUUGUUAGUGGUGUUCUUUCGUUCGUGGGUGUUGGGGGUUAGUUGCGUUUGAUACUCACGAGAUUACAGUCGGAGUAAGGAUCGCUCUUUUCUUGAACGCCGUUCGUAGAUCCCCAGGUUGAAAUCUGAUCAAGAGAUGACGGUCUGCCGGGCCCCGGCGACGAAACUCGAGCUCAUGACGCUCGUCGAGAACGGCGACGUGAAACAAGCGGUGCAAAUCAUCGAGUCCAGCAACACAAACGACCACCGAAGUUUCGUCGAGCCUUGCGGUUCGCUCCGAGUAACCCUCGUCCACCUCGCAGCCUGGCAAGGAUACCUCAGCAUCCUCCAGCGGCUUGAAAUCUCGAAUGCGGACCUUGACGCGAGCGACAAGUUAGGAAGGUGUGCGCUUCACCUGGCCGCUCAGCAAAAUCACGUCGACGUCGUAAAGUGGCUUUUGGAGCGAGGAGCUGCCGUCGAAAACCGAUUCGAAGUCAGAUUCUUACCCAAGGAUGAACCUUACAGUGCCACCGCUUUAAACUCCUGGCCAAAGUGCGAUAUCGGACAUAGUCUGCCACUGCCGGAAUGUUGGGGAAGAACGGCGCUUCACCAGGCGGUGAAAGCUGGACACGUCGACAUAGUGAACCUCCUCCUGAACGCCGGGGCGAACCCGGAUGCCCGGGACCAGCGAGGAGUGACGCCCUUGCAUCUGGCCGCCGUUACUGUGGACUCGAAUGACCCAAAAGACAUGUCGCGGUUCGAGAGGAUCGUCGAUAUCCUCGUGUCCGCCUCGGCGUCCGUCAACAUCGUCCACCCGGACACAGGCACGACGGCGCUGCACCACGCCGUGACCCUGGGUAGCCGAGAAGCUACGAAGCGACUUCUCGAGGGCGGUGCCUGGCCGUCGGCUCGUUGCAUCGGAACAGGAAUCACCCCGCUACAUAUUGCGGCUAGCGCCGGGUUCCACGACAUCUUACGGAUCCUGCUGUUUUACAUGGACUCCUCCUUCGUCGAUGUCCAGGACGAGGUUGGACGUACACCGCUUCACGCGGCAGCCUACCAAGGUCACCUUGCUUCCAUUCGGGUUCUGGUAGACAGCGGGUCUAAUUUGGCCUCGGAGACAAAGACGGGAGUGACGGUUAUCGACGCCAUAUUCGAAAACAUCGCCCGGCCGAUCACCUUCAUCACGAACAUUCUAGACUCGCUGGUGCGGGGGACGGACAAAAACGUGAACCAAGUCGUCCUGGACUUCAAGCCGCUGGCACCCCGAGGCGAACUUCAGAUGGCCGUGGUUUCUGCCCUGAUUGGAGCUGUGCCGAGCAUCGAGCAGAUGACGAUCCUCCAACACCCGCUAAUCGAAGCCUUCCUUGGAAUUAAGUGGUACCGGCUUCGUCCGUUCUUCUUCCUCCUCGUGCUCAUCCACGUGGUCUUCGUCCUCUCCUUGUCGUGCUACGCGAUGAUCCUCCUUCAGAAAGUGUUCGACAUCGCGAUACCUGCAGGCAGAGUCCUCAUUCUCUGCGCCUGUAUUAUUCUUGGCCACAAUCUACUCCAGCUGCUCAUAGUGCCGAGGCACCACACGAGGCAGUUCGAAACCUGGUUGUCAGCCAUCUGUGUGACCAUUUCGAUCGGAGUGGCGAUUGCAGGAGAGUACCGUCCGACCAUGAUGGAAGCAACGAACCAGGCUGAGAGCGAAAGCUUUCGUCAGUGGAUCCUGCAGUCCGUCAGCGUGGCCAUACUCAUCGCCUGGAUCCAGAUAAUGCUGCUCAUCGGGAGAUUUCCAACCUUGGGGUACUACACGCUCAUGUUCUCGACCGUACUGAAAAACGUCUUCAAGGUGCUCAUAGCCUUUGUAUGGCUUAUCGUUGGUUUCGCUCUGAGCUUCUCGCUUCUGUUCUGCGGCGGCGGACAGUUCACCGACUCCUGGAAGGCCGUGAUCAAGACCAUGGUCAUGAUGACCGGGGAGUACAACUUCGACGACCUCGUGAAAACGAUGGAUAUUACGGAGAAAAACGUCGUUCUCCAAUUUGUCGGAAGGAUCGUUUUCCUCAUGUUUGUCAUGCUUGCCAGUAUUGUGCUGAUGAAUCUAAUGAUCGGUUUGGCGGUCAGCGAUAUCCAGGGAAUCUUGAAGGAGGGCUACAUCCGUCGGUUGCUGAAGCAGGCCGAGUUCGUUGCUCACUUGGAGUGGGUGACGUCCCACCGGAUUUUCAAAAGCCGGCUGGUUCCCAGAUACCUGAGGAUGAUGUUCGAAUCGAAGAAGAUGAUCCCGACCCAAAUAACGCUCGGCGUGUUGACGGAGUACGGAAAGAAGAACACUGGGAUUUCCGAAGAGCUGAUCGACGCCCUUUUCGACAUCGCCAUGAGGAACCGGGAACUUGACAAAGAGUGCGAAAGUCACUCCCCGUCUUCCAAAGGAAACGAAGACUGUUUCAACGAAACGGUAACUUCCUGCCAGCAUGGAGUCAAGGAAUUCUUUCGUGAAAAUCUGCGCACGCAAAGAAUGCAGUCCAUAAGACGUAAGCUGGGUAGGCGGCGCAAAAGCGCAAUCUGAUUGAAAACCAUAGGCAACGCGCGUUACGUAGGUACGAUGGAAUUUUACAAGCUGAAUUCUCAGUGCUCGGGCAUUUGUUAUAGGAAAAUUUAUGACCGAACUAUUCUUGCUGCAAUUUUGUUUGCCGUGAACCAACGCUUGACCAAUGACAGGUGAUGGAAAUUAUCUUGCAGCCUAAAUGAAAUUCCAAGCGUGUAAUGGUGGCCAUAUUGAAAAUAUGUCACAAACAUAUUUUAUUAAGAACUUUAAAACGUAGAUUUAAAAAUUCAGCCAGUUCCACAGCGACGGAUGAUUUGAAGCGCGGAAAAUUAAAAUCUGAAUGUGUAGUUAAUCGGUAAAACAGGAACACGUAAAUCUGAAGAAAAAAAACGUAAUACUCAUUCAACAAGGUAAGUAUACUCGAUCAAAAGACGUAGCGAGAAUAAAUAUGCACUGAUAAAAAGCAUAGCAAUACUCGUAGAAUUCACCUCAGCCGGUAAUGAAGGCAGGCUCGUGUGUAGUCGUGUUCAGUUGCCGAGAGACUUGGUUACCCGCGAAAUACGGUCCGUUUGUAGCCCUACAGAUGUCAGAGGUAGGUAGAAAGAAUGCCGAUAUAAGGCCGAUAUAAGGCAAGUGAAUUAUCUGAAUUUCAUCCGAUUGAAAUAAUUCACUGGACUAGCAAAUUUUAAUGAUAAUAUAGUCACAGCAAGAUAUUAGCUGUCGAAAUCAAAAUUUUCAACGCAACGGCAAAGGUUUCACAAGCAUAGCCAAGCGAAGUUCCAAUGUAGCAAACCCGUCAACUAAACUUGCAAAUUCCUGGCUGCUGCAACCGAAUUUUUUUUGCUACGACAAUAUUGAUACCAAAACUUGCUGGUUUAGCAAGUUAUUUUUUCUUUUCGACAAGUACUCCCUGCACCAGCUAUCCGGAAAUCAUUUCCUAUACGUUGAUUCAAAUAUACAUUUUUGUGUUUGUACCGCAUAUUGCGAUUUACGCACGCCGGUCAUGCAGCAACUUCACAAUCAGUUCAGUUUUCUCAGUUAUCACUUGUGAUGCGCAGGUACAAAUGAUCCGAGAAUAAGUGAUUUGUUUCAAUUGGGUUAUACAUAUAAUAUACUAUUGUAAUUUUCACAAGCGAACAGGCACCUCCGAUUUUUAUAGUACUUUGUAAACCAGACCCCCGAAAUCUGCACAGUAGUCGGACAAUUGUUCGGUCACGAGAAAUUUAUGAUAAUCAUUUAUAACGUGUCGGUGAUUAAGGAGAAAAUAAUUAUAGGUCUAUAAUUUAUCACUCGGUUGUAUUCGCAACUUAUGAUUUUUAUUUCGUUUAUUCUAUACUACUCCAUAUUUAUACAUUAAUUAUAAUUAUUGGAGUACAAUUAUAUACAGCAAUGUCACAUUUCCAGUAAUUUUGUCUGAUUCCACAAUGAUGUCGCAUGCGUCUUCUUACCUGUACGUAAAAUAAAUUGUGGUUUGUUUUUUUUUAUGAAUAUAUGUAUAUUUCCUUUCUUUUCAUGUUCUUCAUCUUUCAUUAC